AUGUCAAAAGACAACGAAAGUCAGUGGUUGGGACAUUUGCAUUGCUUUAGAAACAACCUAAAUGAUACGAUUGAGUCACUGGAAGUUCAACCAAGAGAUGUCAACUCUGUAGAGAGAGACUCGGAUAUCAAGGAACAGGAAACAGAAUUAAGGGGAUCCAUUAAGAAGAUUCAGCACAGAAGAGGGAUGCAAGGACUGAAUGCUGUGGCAGAAUUAGCAAUGGGACAGAAGUUUCAAGAAGAGGAACUAUUGAUGACACAGGAAAGCAAUCCUUUGAGAUCAGAGCUAGAGGAGGUGCAAAGAAAAUUUGAUGAACUUAAUAAAAAAUAUGAUGCCAUGAGAGAAGAGCGAGAUGAUCUUCAGAGGGACAGAGACAAGUUAUUAGGCUUGCAGAGAAGAAUGAAUAUAACAUUGGCCAAAGAGACAGGAAUUCAAAAUGCUUACUUGGAACUUACACAAGAAAGUGAUUCUUUGAGAUUAGAGCAUGUGGAAUUGAAAAUUAAAUAUGAUGAACUUAAAAGAGAAUGUGGUGCCCUGAAAGGAAAGUUAAAUGACAUCACAGAGAAGUGUGAUGUUCUGUCGAAGGAAAAAGAUGAGUUAGUAGACCUGGAGGGUAGAUUGAAAGUAAUGUUGGAUGAAGAGUCAGGUAUUCUAAAAGCUCACAUGAUAUUGACCCAUGAUAGAGAUACGUUGAAAGCAGAGAACAAGGAUUUGAAACAUAACAAAGAAUGCAGUAAUGAAAGGAUUAAUUUGGUAAUGACCCGGGAAACAGAUAAUCUUAGUUCAAAGCUAGAGGAACGGGAAAAAGAACUUGAUGAAUUGAAACGAGAAUGUCUUACUCUAAAGGAGAAUUUAAAUGCCAUGAGAUAUGAGCGUGAUGCUCUACAGGGAGAAAAGGAGAAGUUAGAAAGCCUGGAGGACAGAAUGAAUGUGGCAUUGCAGGAAAACUCAAGUAUUCAGGAGGUUCACAUCCUAACGAUCCAGGAGAGAGAUACUUUGAGAUCAGAACGAGAUGAACUGGAAAAUAUACUUGAUGAAUUGAAACGAGAAUGUCUUACUCUAAAGGAGAAUUUAAAUGCCAUGAGACAUGAGCGUGAUGCUCUACAGGGAGACAAGGAGAAGUUAGAAAGUCUGGAGGACAGAAUGAAUGUGGCAUUGCAGGAAAACUCAAGUAUUCAGGAUGCUCACAUCGUAACGAUCCAGGAGAGAAAUACUUUGAGAGCAGAGCGAGAUGAACUGGAAAAUAAACUUGAUGAACUGAAACGAGAAUAUCUUACUCUAAAGGAGAAUUUAAAUGCCGUGAAAAGUGAGCGUGAUUUUUUCAGAUAUAAGUUAGGAAGUAUGGAAUUUAAAAUGAAAAGGGCGUUGGAAGAAAAGUCAAGAAUGGAAAAUAAUCUUUAUGAGGUGAAACGAGAGUGUCUUGCCCUGAAGGAAACUUUAAAUGAAAUUAUAGAAGAACGUGAUGCUUUAGAGAGGGACAUAUAUAAGUCAGCAGGCCUGGAGGGCAAAUUGGAAAAGAUGUUGGAAGAGAAGUCAAAAAAUGAAAAGGCUUAUUAUGUAAUGAUCCAGGAAAGAGAUUUUCUAACUUCAAAGCUAGAGGAACGGGGAAGAAAACUUUUUCAAAUGAGACGAGAAUGUCUUACGCUAAAGGAAAAUUUAAGUACCAUAAGAGACGAGUGUGAACUUCUCAGAGAUGUGUUUCGCGGCAUGGAAGUUAAAAUGAAAAGGGCGUUGGAAGAAAAGUCAAGAGUUCAAAAUGGUCAAUUGAAACUGAUCCAGGAGAGAGAUGAAAUGGAAAAUAAUCUUGAUGAGGUGAAACGAGAGUGUCUUGCUCUGAAGGAAAAUUUACACGCCAUAAGAGAAGAGCGUGAUGAUCUACAGAAGGACUUAGAUAAGUUUGUAGAGCUGGAGAGAAGAUUGAAAAUGAUAUUGGAUGAAAAGUCAAGAAUUGAAAGGGCUAAUUUGGCAAUGACCCAGGAAAGAUAUAAUUGGAGUUCAAAGUUAAAUGAAUUGAAACGAGAAUAUAUUGUUCUAAUGGAAAACUUUAAUGCCAUGAAAGUUGAGUGUGCCGCUCUACUGAGUGACAAAGAUAAUUUACUUGGCCUGGAUGAUAGAUUGAAAAAGACGUUGGAUAAAAACUCAAACGUUCAAAAUACUCGAUUGAAACUGAUCCUGGAGAGAGAUACUUUAAGGUCAGAGCGAGAUGAACUGGAACAUAAUUUCGAUGAACUCAAUCGAGAAUAUCUUACCCUGAAGGAAAAUUUAAAUGCCAUUAGAGAAGAACGUGAUGCUCUCCAGUGGCACAAAGAAAAGUUAACAAGCCUGGAGGGCAGAAUGAAAAAAACUUUGGACGAAAAUUCACGUAUUAAGAAGGCUAAUUUAUUAUUGGUCCAGGAGAGAGAUUCUUUGAAAUCAGAGCGAAAUGAACUUGGAAAAAGUUUAGAUGAACUGAAACAGGAAUGUCUUUCCCUGAAACAGAAUAUAAAUGCUAUAAUAAAUGAGGGUGAGAGUCUUCAGAUGGGCGAGGAUGAAUUAUUAGGCCCCCAGGGUAGAAUAGACAUGACGAAGUCUGGUAAUCUAAACGCUGACUCUAUAGUGACCCAGAAAAGAAAGAAUUUGAGGUCAGAGUACAAAGAAAUUGACGCUAAUUUUGAUAGAGUUAUAAGUAAGAUACGUGCUCUAAAGGGAAAUUUAAAAGCCAUUAUAAAAGAAUGUAAUAGUCUUCAAAUUGACAAUAUUAAAUUAAUGAACUGUGCGGGUAGAAGGAAAAUGUUGGAUAAACUCCGGAGAAUUCAAGAGGCUCACUUGCUGUUGACUUGUGAGAAAGAUACUUUAAGAAGGGGGCACAACACGGUGAAUGUUAAAUUUGAUGAACUUGAGAAGAAAUGUAGCUCUAUGAAAAGAACUUUGAAUGCUAUUAGAGAAAAAUGUGCUGCCCUUCACUGGGACAAAGAGGAGUUAGUACAGCUACAUGCUAUAUUUUUAGAGAUGCUGGAUGGAGAGUCCAUUAUUGAGGAGCCUCAAAUGAGGGUGACCUCGGAAGAGGAGGGUUUAAAAUCAAAGUACAAUGAAUUGAAAGCUCGUUACAAGGAACUUGAAACGAAAUAUACUUCCGUGGCAGAGCGUUUGAAUGUUAUUAGAGAAGAGCGUGAGUCUCCGCAGAGAAACAGAGAUAAGUUAGUAGGUGUGGACGGUAGGAUGAAUAUGAUCUUGGAUGAACAUUUGAGCGUUCAGAAUGAUCACUUGUUACUGAACCAGGAAAGAAAUGAUUUGAGAUCAAAACAAGGAAGUGAAUGUCCAUAUUUCUGGACGAGAUGUAAUGCCCCGAAACAAAAUUUAAAGAUAAAUUAGCAGGUCUGGAAGCUGAAAUGAAAAUUAUGGUGAACACGAAAAAAGAUGCUUACGUGUUAUUGACUCAGUAAUGGAAGUCAACCCAGAAAUGCCAAGAAUCAAAUAAGUCAUUUUAUUCCAGCCUGCUCUACUGUGUAAAUUGGAGGUUAGCCCAAAAUAUAUACUAUAAGUAAGUGUGCUAUGGUGAUAUGUGUUGCCUCACUCCCUCUUCACUCACUUUACACUCACCUUACUACACUCACAGAGUUGGAUUAAGUUGGACGCAGCUUCAGUCAUUGGGUUCAGGUGGACGCAGUUGCUCUCAAUGUCAUCUAACAAUGACUUCGAAGUAUUGGGCGCCAGCUCACACAUAGGUGAACACAAGAUCAUUCACAGGGUCGUUAAAUGGACCUUGGCUCCAACAACAGAGUCCACAAAUCAAAGACAACAAUCGCACAAAUCCUUGACACUUCAUUAUAAUGUACGAGUUACAUGGUUGAAUUGUAUCUGAAACUUUUAUUAGGUACAGCCCUUUGUUAUGUGCGAGACGCGUGACGCACGUCUUUCUUAUUUGAGAGCCAGGACGAGUCUGUCUGAAACAAAGAACUCUGUAGGAUAGCAAGCUAUUAUUAGUAUGAUGUCACAUUGGGUAACUAACAAUUCUGAUUGGCUGUACCACCGGGAAGUCCCUAGCUAACUGCUUAUGAAGCUUGCAUUAUACAUCUCCAAGCAACAGGGGAACUCUGGAAUUAUAAAACUCAAGUCAUGCAACAUUGCGUAAUCUUCUACUUGGUAUGUAGUGCAUAGCGUAAUAUAACGCGUAAUAAUAUAUGUAAUUUUACAAAUUCUUAACUGAUUAAACCUCAUAAAAAUGCAAUGAUUAUCACAAAAUUAAUUGUAUGCAUAAAAUUUGUGAAAUAUAUUAUUAAAAAGGAACAAUUGGUUAUAUAUGAAUUUUAGUAUGUUGGCUCGGUUAUAGUUACUCAUGAUGUCAUAGGAUGUCUUGUUGCGAUCACAAAAUUACACUAAAUAUUUACGAUGUGGAAUGUCAUGUAGUUAUUUCUCAUAAAAAUGACUAAUGUUUAGAGCAGUACUAAAUGACUCUUUCAGUUGAUUUACUUCUGUCAUUUUGUAGAAGGCAAACUGGCAACUUCAAAAGGUUGGCUGCUGCUGCUGCUCUAAGAGAACACACAUUUAUGUGGUUACAAACAUCAGACUUGUUCACGUUUUCUUUAGUUCACUAUGCUCCACUCUUUUACAUUAUAACCCUUGAGGGACAGUUUGAAAGAAAAAUGUCACUGGGUUAGCCCUUAGUUCUGCCAGGUUUUUCUCUUUGGUGGGCAGCCGGUUUCCCAAGGGGACAGCCCAAAAAUUUGCUUACAGACUUACAAUUAAGCCCCACAAGAUUAUUUUUACUAUUAAAAAUAUUUCAUUGUUGUUAAUAAUAUUUACCAAAGGCCCAUCACAAUCUCAUGGCACCUUUGACUAGUCCAGCCCAAACCAGAAGUAUGGUACCUGAGUUGGGUACAAACGGUUGCAGAGUUAACAUUGUUCUGUGUUGCGUGCAUCAUCCAAACAAGAAACUGAUUCAAUACUGCGUUUUUGGACUUUCUUAAUCGUCCAGUAUUCUAAAAAAGUAGAGAACACAAUGUUUCGAAAACUGGAUCUGU